UACAGCUUCCGACCUCCGCCUCUCCCUCUGGCGAGGAAGAGACGCGACCCCACGCGCAUGCCCCGAUCAUCCCAGAGGGGCGGGGCCGAGGCUAAGGGAGCGGGAGGGGGGAAAGAAAAGGGAAUUCCAACCUGUGGAAUCUUGGGGGUACCCAAGGUCGGCUUCUUCGCAUUGACUGUGGAUGGUACCUGGCACAGAGCCUCUGGUGGCUCGUGGGGAGCUUGGGGAUCCGCAGGGUGAGGGCGGAGGGGAGUGUCAGUGUCAGAGUGUGAGUGGGGUACGGGAGUUCCAAACUUAGUCUUGAGGCCCUCGGGUCUCCCGUGCCGGGGAAGGGAGCUCGGGCCGCCAUGCGCGACAGGACCCACGAACUGAGGCAGGGGGAUGACAGUUCGGACGAUGAGGACAAGGAGCGGGUCGCGCUGGUGGUACACCCGGGCACCGCACGGCUGGGGAGCCCGGACGAUGAGUUCUUCCAAAAGGUCCGGACAAUUCGACAGACUAUUGUCAAGCUGGAGAAUAAAGUCCGAGAGUUGGAGAAACAGCAGGUCACCAUCCUGGCCACGCCCCUUCCCGAGGAGAGUAUGAAGCAGGACCUGCAGAACCUGCGUGAUGAGAUCAAACAGCUGGGGAGGGAGAUCCGAGCGCAGCUGAAGGCCAUAGAGCCCCAAAAGGAGGAAGCUGAUGAGAAUUAUAACUCAGUCAACACAAGGAUGAAAAAAACCCAGCAUGGGGUCCUGUCCCAGCAAUUCGUGGAGCUCAUCAACAAGUGCAACUUGAUGCAGUCGGAAUAUCGGGAGAAGAAUGUGGAGCGGAUUCGGAGGCAGCUGAAGAUCACAAAUGCUGGAAUGGUGUCUGACGAAGAGCUGGAGCAGAUGCUGGACAGUGGGCAGAGUGAGGUGUUUGUAUCCAAUAUACUGAAGGACACACAAGUGACUCGACAGGCCCUAAAUGAGAUCUCAGCCCGGCACAGUGAGAUCCAGCAGCUUGAACGCAGUAUCCGUGAACUUCAUGAGAUCUUCACUUUUCUGGCUACUGAAGUGGAGGUGCAGGGGGAGAUGAUCAACCGGAUUGAGAAGAACAUCCUGAGCUCAGCAGACUAUGUGGAACGGGGGCAGGAGCAUGUCAAGAUGGCCCUGGAGAACCAGAAGAAGGCACGGAAGAAAAAAGUUUUGAUCGCCAUCUGUCUGUCUGUCACUGUCCUCAUUGUGGCAGUGAUCAUUGGUGUCUCCAUAUUGGUUUGAGAACAUCGCACGUUCUUGGCACUAAGAGCACCAGGGACCCAGGUCUGCCUUCUCUCCCAGCAGCUGAGGGGGGAGGGCAGGACAGAGCCUCCAGCUGGACCCCCUUCCUCACAUUGGCCCUGUGCAGAGGGCAGACAGUUCUUCUG